UGACCCGGAAGCGGCGGCUCCACGUGGGGCGGCGGGCGAAAGCGACCCAGCGGGCGAGGAUGGCGGGGGGCGAGGCGGCCGUGGCCGUGGCCGUGCAGGGGGCCCGGGGGGAGGCCGCCCCCGCCUCCAGGAAGAAGGCAAGGCGGCCGCAGCGCUACUGGGACGGUGAGCCUGGCCGGGCCGAAGGCCAUCGGGCGGCCCCUCCGGAGACCAAGAGGGCCCGGCGGCCGCGGAAGACGGAGAGCAAGACGGGCAAGAGGCGGAUCUCGGGGGAGGAGGACCCUUUCCCCGGAGCCCCCCAGAGCCCCCCGGAGAGAGCGAGGAAGUUCCAGCGAGGAGCCCCGCAGCAGCUGGAGUCUGUGUCCAGCGACCGGCUGAAGCACCGGCUGGCCUCGCAGGAGGAGAAAGCCCGAGCGGCCGCUCGCCAGGCGGCCCGGAUGGAGCUGCUGCUGCUGGAGGAACCCGGGUUUCUGGAGGGGGACGAGGAGGAAGACACCUGCACUGUCACCCAGGCCGAUAUCGCUGCUGCUGUGGACCUCGCUGCCAGUGCCAAGCACUUUGAGCUGCGCCUGGAUCGUUUUGGCCCCUACCGGCUGAGUUACACGCGGAAUGGCAGGCAUCUCCUCCUGGGCGGGCGCCGGGGCCACGUGGCUGCCCUGGAUUGGCAGACAAAGGCCCUCAUGUGCGAGAUCAACGUCAUGGAGACCAUCACUGAUCUCACGUGGCUGCACACGGAGACCCUGUUUGCCGUGGCCCAGCGCAAGUGGCUGUACAUCUACGACCAGCAAGGCGUGGAGCUGAACUGCCUGAAGCGUUUCCACGGCGUCCAGCGGAUGGAGUUCCUGCCCUACCACUUCCUGCUGGCCACAGCGAGCGAGUCAGGGUUCCUGCAGUACCUGGACAUCUCAGUGGGGAAGGAGGUGUCCACCAUCUGCACCAAGGCAGGCCGGCUGGCGGUGAUGGCCCAGAACCCCUCCAACGCCAUCGUCCACCUUGGGCACAGCAAUGGGACGGUCACGCUCUGGAGCCCCAGCGCCAAGGCCCCACUGGCCCGGAUGCUGUGUCACCAGGGGGCCGUCAGGGCCGUGGCGGUCGACCCCUCCGGGAGCUACAUGGCCACCUCAGGGCUGGACCACAAGCUCCACAUCUAUGACCUCCGGGCGUAUCGGCGCCUCCACUCUCUGCUGCUGCCCUCUGGGGCUGGGCUGCUGGAUUUCAGCCAGCGGGGGCUCUUGGGUGCCGCCUGCCAGGAGGUGGUGCAGGUAUACAAGGAUGUUUCCGUCUGCCCGGCUCGGAAGCCCUACCUGUGCCACGGGCUGCCCGGCCCCUCCCACGGCCUUCGCUUCUGCCCCUUUGAGGAUGUGCUGGGCGUGGGGCACGAGCAGGGCUUUGCCAGCCUUCUGGUCCCAGGUGCCGGGGAGCCAAACUUUGACGCCCUGGAGAACAACCCCUUCCGCAGCCGGAAGCAGAGGCAGGAGUGGGAGGUUAAAGCUUUCCUGGAGAAGAUCCCAUCGGAACUGAUCACCCUGGACCCCACAGAGCUGGGCCGGGUGGACCCCAUUUCCUUGGAGCAGCAGCGCCAGGAGCGGGCAGAGAGGCUGGGCUACGACCCGGAGGCCAAGGAGCCCUUCUCUCCUCGGAGGAAGCUGAAGGGCAGGGACUCGGCAGGCAGCAGGCUGAAGCGAAGGAAGAAAGUGGCUGCCGAGGAACAGCGGGCUCUGCUCCGGAAGAGCUUGGCUGCCAAGGCAGAGACUCAGCCAGCGACCUCCAAGGCCAAAGUCUCUCCAGCCCAGAGGUCAGCGCUGGAUCGCUUCCAGAAAUAGCAGGCAAAGAAGGGCUGGCAUCCCCGCCGUGUGCAGCAGAGUGGCUCUGGAUGGCUCCCCUUAAGGGGCACGGGCUCUGGAUACCGGCCCUGCGCUGGACAGCUGGUCCCACGGACCUUCCCUGGAACUCCUCUGGGAUUUAUCUGAACCUUUGCAUAAAUACACACUUGUCAUUUA